GAAUUUAUGAAAAAAAUGACAUAAACGCCAAAUCUUUUAAUAAAAAUCUUAUCUUCUUGUUAUCAUCCAUGUUAGAAAAGGCCGUUUUAGGUGCCAACUGCACCCCUCCUGCCAUUGAUGAAUUCCCUCAGGAUAUCUUCACGAGAACACAGCUACAAAAUGGAGCUGUCAUUGUUCAUAUACUAGUUACUGUGUACCUGUUUGCGGCUAUUGCUAUCAUCUGUGAUGGAUAUUUCGUUCCUGCUGUCGAAAAAAUAUGUCACAUUUUAAGAGUUCCACCGGACAUAGGAGGUGCAACUUUCAUGGCAACAGCAACUGCCUCUCCAGAGCUCUUUGUAAAUAUUGUCGGUACUUUUGUGACGGAAGGCGAUAUUGGACUUGGUACUAUAUUAGGUUCGACAGUAUUUAAUAUUUUAGGAGUUACAGCAUGUUGCGGAUUAACCCUGGCAUUUACAGGAAGUAAAUCACAGUUGGAAUGGUGGUCUCUUACGAGAGACUCUGUAAUAUAUGGCAUUUCUGUAUGUCUUCUGGUAUGGUUUUUAAACAAUGAGCAGAUAGAAUGGUACGAAGCACUUACAUUAGUUCUUGUGUAUGUGUUAUAUAUAAUUUUUCUCAUAUUUGAUCAACAAAUUCAAAAAUAUAUCAAAGGAAAAUGGUGCUCAAAUUCCCUUAGUGACUCACUGAAAUCAAAAUCAGUAGAAAGUGUGGCUACCAGUCAAGAAACAAUUUCAAAAAUCUCCAAUAAAAUUUCCAAUAUUGAAAGUAUAGAAAAUUUUAAAGAAUCUACGACAACUGUUGAAAAUGGAAAUAAUACCAUUGAUAAUGAUGAUGAUGAUGAUGAUAUUUCCUUAUUUAGUUGGCCUAGUCACAUCAGUACAAUAAAAAAGAUUGUAUGGAUAAUAAAUUGGCCAAUAAAUUGCGCAUUCUUCUUCACAGUUCCCAAUUGUGAGAAAUUGAAAUCAAACAAAUGGAUUCCAGUUGCAUUUAUAUCAUGUAUUGUAUGGAUUGGUGUUCUUUCAUACCUUUUAUCAUGGAUGAUAACAGUCAUAGGUGAUACAUUCCAGAUACCAGAUUCAGUGAUGGGUAUAUCAUUUUUGGCUAUUGGUGCUGGAGUUCCAGAAGCAGCUUCAAGUAUAGUUGUUGUAAAGAAAGGUAAAGGUGCUAUGGGAAUAAGUAAUGCAUUAGGUUCCAGUACGUUGGACGUACUUCUAUGUUUAGGACUUCCAUGGUUACUGAAAUCAACAUUGGUAUCUACGCAAAAAUGGGUUAAUAUAAACUCUUCAGGGCUGCAAAUCACGACAAUUACUUUGGUAAUAACACUCCUCGCAUUUUAUUUCGCCUUGAUGGCGAACAAGUUCAGAUUGGAUAAAUGGGUAGGAUUGUACUGCAUGGUGAUAUAUCUGUUAUUUGUAGCUCUAGCAAGUAUGAUUGAGCUUAAUGUCUUCAUGGAAGUAAAUUUACCUACGUGCCUCAGGUGACCAAGAUUGAUAUUUUGUUCUAGGGCCAAGAUUUUAUUGAAAUGUAUAUAGUUUUAUAUUUGUACAUAACUUUGUAUUAGUUUGUAUUUAUCAUGUUGAAGAUUAACGUGUCAAUUUUUGUUAUGUAUAAUUUUUUAAAUACAAUACCAAGCAUAUAAG